UCCAUUUCUUUCCAGUUUUCUGCCCUGCGAUAAGCUCGCCGGAGGAGUAGCGCAGCUUUGGACUUCUCCGGCGGGGCAUUUGAUUUCUGGGCAUCCAGUCAAACCCCUUGACGGUGCGAUCACACACCCUCGUCAUCGCCUGCUACAUCUCCACCGUCGAUUCUUUAACACAAAAGCGAUUCCCCAUACAACUUUUGUCAAACUUUCAUGCCGGCCUCCAUAAGAUUUACCACACGCUCCCAACGUAAAACUUCAGAUUUAAAUAGAAGCCAAGCUCAUGAACUUCUUGCAAGGCUUUAAAAGCAAAGUCAUUGUUCCGAAACUCUCUAAUGAGGCAUCGAAGGGAAGGCGAAGCCAGAAGAAGGCGGCAGCUAAGCGGUAGCCACAAGGAGGAAGAAGCAAUCAAGUACUCAGAGACUACUUGUUCAUGCAACUCAUGUGCGGCUGCAGCGCUCGCUGAUAUUAUAGCCGUUAGCUGCUGCCCUUGCGCUGUUUUGAACUUCUUGGCUUUGGCCUUUUUCAAGCUUCCCUGUGCUGCGGGCAGGAGAUGCAUGCGAAUUGUGAAAAGGAGUAGGGGAGCUUUGGAAGAAGUUGGGGGUGCAGUGAAAAGGGAAGGAUUGGAGAAUAAAAAUGUAGAGUUGAGGGUGGAGAGUGUAAUGGGAAUGGAGAUUGGAGAUAUGAUGGAGGAGAGAGCUUGGAAGGAGAUGUAUCAGGUUGGGCAAUGGGGUUUUGGGAGAGUUUCUGUAUCUGGUUCCGAAGCCUAGAGUAGUUAUGUUCAGGAGGAAGAGAAUCUUUUUGCAAAAAAUUGUCAGUUUAUUUAGGGUUUUUUUUACUGGCGUUCGUAUAGAUUAAUGCAAAGCAGGAAAGCUGCAGAUUGUGUGGGCAACGAAGAAAUAUUUUAUGUAAUGGCUUUAUUUAUUUGUGUACUUAUG